AUUUACUACAUAUAUAUAAUAGUUCACACAGGACACUUUCAGCAGGGCUCUGCAAAAGGACAACAGAUCUCAUACUUGCUGCAGCAGGAAACUUGACAUCCAGCCAUGAAAGGCAAGAAUUUCAAAGAUGACCUGGAAUUCCUUUUACAAGGUGUAUCAGAAUUUGACAUCCAGGGUGAGGCUGUGCCAUCUGACAUAUUGGUGCAUGGAUCUUCAGCAUUUCCUAUUGGACUCACCCCAGAUGGAAAGACAUUCCUUGCUGGAGCUUACUUUGGACAGGGACGGGUGAUUGUGACCAGCCAUGAAAGUUACUUGGGCCGUGAAUCACUGUCCACUUUCAUGAUCAAUGCUGUGCAAUGGCUUGAUAAAAGUCAUAAUGGGGUUAUCGGUGUCUUACCUGAACUGAAAGAUGCAUAUAUGCUGCUGAGCAAGUCUGGGCAUCGAUGUCAGUUCACUGAGUUUAUGAAAGACCUAAGUGUCUUUGUCUGCACCUCAUACAGUGAUGCUCGGUCUAAAGACAUCCAGGAAUUCGUUGCUGGAGGUGGUGGUCUUCUGAUUGGGGGACAUGCUUGGUAUUGGGCCCAAAGCAACCCUGGCCGCAAUGUGAUGACAGAUUGCCCUGGAAAUCGUAUCCUCAGUAAGAUGGGAUUGUGCCUCUUAGAUAAAACUGUAAAUGCUGGGUUGUACAAGGCUCCACAUGUUUUCCGAGAUGACAUAGAGUUUCUUUUACAAGGAGUAUCUGAGUUUGACAUCCAAGGUGAGGCUGUACCAUCUGAAGUAUUGGUGCAUGGUCCUUUAGCAUUUCCUGUUGGACUCACUCCGGAUGGAAAGUCAUUCCUGGCUGGAACAUAUUUUGGACAGGGACGAGUAAUUGUGGCCAGCCAUGAAGUCUAUCUAGGCCGUGAAUCUCUGUCCACUUUCAUGAUCAAUGCUGUUCAGUGGCUUGAUAAAAGGCGUACUGGGGUUAUUGGAGUCUCACCUGAUAUUAAAGAGGCCUACUGUCUGCUGAGCAAGUCAGGACUAGAGUGCAGGUUGACUGGUUUAGAGAAGGGCCUGAGUGUCUUUGUCUGUACAUCAUACAGUGAUGCUCAGUGUAAAGAGGUCCAGGAAUUUGUUGCCAGCGGUGGCGGCCUCCUGAUUGGUGGACAUGCUUGGUGGUGGGCCCACUGCAACCCUGGUAGCAAUGUGAUGACAGAUUGCCCUGGAAAUCGCAUUCUGGGCAAGAUGGGAUUGUAUCUACUGGACACAACUGUGAAAGCUGGGUUGUACAAGGCCCCACAGCUUUUCAGCUAUGCUCUAGAAUUCCUUUUACAAGGAGUUUCUGAGUUUGACAUUCAAGGCGAGGCUGUACCGUCUGAGAUAUUGGUGCAUGGUCCUUCAGCAUUUCCUAUUGGACUCACUCCAGAUGGAAAGGCAUUCCUUGCUGGGGCUUACUUUGGACAGGGCCGUUUAAUUGUGGCCAGCCAUGAAGUCUAUCUAGGCCGUGAAUCACUGUCCACUUUCAUGAUCAAUGCUGUCCUCUGGCUUCAUAGAAAACCUAAUGGGGUUAUUGGAGUCUUACCUGAACUUAAGGAGGCCUACUGUCUGCUGAACAGUGUGGGACUACAGUGUGAGUUGACUGGGUUUAAGGAAGACCUAAGUGUCUUUGUCUGCACCUCCUACAGCGAUGCUCAGCCUAAAGAGAUCCAGGAAUUUGUUGCUGGUGGUGGUGGCCUCCUGAUUGGGGGACAUGCUUGGUGGUGGGGCUCUUGUAAUCCUGGCCGCAAUGUUCUGACAGAUUGCCCUGGAAAUCAUAUCCUCAGCAAGAUGGGAUUGAGCCUCUCGGAUAAAACUGUGAAUGCUGGGAAGUACACAGCACCACAGGUGAAGCAACAUGGCAUUUCCUCUAUACAGAUUUAUAAUUUCCAGGAUUUGCUUCAGCAUUUUGCACAACAUGUGCUUCAGGGUCAGCAGCUGGGAGAUUAUGAACAGCAAUUUCUGAAGAAGCUUGGCAGUGAUUGUGUCAGUUAUCUCCGCAUGCAGGCAUUCGACUGUGACAUGUAUAAGUCAGUAGUUGCACUUCUCACAGACAUAGUUAAGGCAGGCUUUCCACAGGUGUCUCCUACACGUCCUGUUAUAAGUGCAAAGGAUCACCUGCUCCUCCAGGUGGGGACAGAGUUAUCCAGGCUCUGCAAAGACACCGAUGAACUUCUGUCAUACCUCAUCAUAGACACACCUAAACUACCAACUGUGUUCAAUGCAAGAGUCUGGAUCAGUGCUAACACAGCAGAUGAUGAAGAAUGGAUAGGUACAGGUCUGUAUCUUUCUCCUGGAAUGAAGACCAACAUUACAGUGCCUGGGACAAUCACAGGAAAGGGUUGGCAGGUGCAGAUUGGCUGUCAAACAGAUGACAUAAGCAGGGCAGAUGAACUGAAACGAGCUCCGGUGGUGUUUGUACGUUUCCCUUUGGAAAAAGAGAAUCUGCAAGUCUGGAAUCUGUGGGGAGGACUCAUAUACCUGAUCGCACCUCCUAGAACUACAGUACCUGAGAUGGAGGUCGUCAUACAGACAGCUGUAAAAGCACCGUACUACAAGUCUGGAGAGACCAGCGUAUCUGACUGGGUCGCUGAGAUCCGUAAAGCACCAGCACCUUGGGCAGAGCUGGAGUUUGAGAAUCUCAUCAUCACCUUGCCAUCAGAUGUGAUACGACACCUGGACCGUCCAGACGAAGUGGCCGCUCUCUGGGAUUCCAUUAUGAGGAGUGUAGCUGACUUGGCCGCUAAGCCUGCAAAGUUUACCCGCAAGGAACGCUUCGUCGCUGAUGUUCAGAUCUCAGCUGGCUUUAUGCAUGCAGGUUACCCCAUUAUGAUGCACUCUAGGUCUGCCUCUGACUUGGUGAAACCAUAUGCUGCUGGUAAAAGUGAUUUUUGGGGCCCAGUCCAUGAAUUGGGCCAUAACCAGCAACGCUCAGUCUGGGAGUUCCCACCACACACUACUGAAUGUACCUGUAACCUGUGGUCUGUAUAUGUACAUGAGGUGGUGCUGGGUGUGAACAGGGCAAACGCUCAUGGGGCAAUGACAGCAGACGAACGACGGAGCCGAAUUAAGAGAUACAUCGAAGGAGGUCGACAUCUGGAGGACUGGAAUGUUUGGACAGCACUGGAGACUUACAUGCAGCUGCAAGAAAAGUUUGGCUGGGAUGCCUUCAAGAAAGUCUUUGCAGCUUACCAUGACAUGAAGAACAUACCAAGAGACAACAGUGGCAAGAUGAACCUGUACGCUGAGACCUUCUCCAAGGCCGUAAGGAGGAAUCUGGUCUCCUUCUUCAAAGCCUGGGGCUGGCCCAUCCAGCGCAGCACUGAAGAGAAGCUGUCCAGCCUGCCUGAAUGGCGUGACCAUCCUCUCGUCCAGUAUGAAUAGCUGAAAUGUCAAUGUUUCAUGGAGAAUAGUGUCUGUCUCAGGAUAUAAACAUUUCAUGGUUCAGAUAGUCCUCAGAAAUCAUUUAAAGAGUAUACGUGUAUUUUAAAAUGAUUUUUCUCAGUUUAUUUCUCUAAAAUGUUUUCACAUAGAUACGUUUAUGAAUGGCAUUUGCUUUUGGCAGGAGUCAAAAUCAGUCUUUUCGGAUCAUGUUUACGUUACUGGUGGUUUAAUAGUUGACCUGUGACUGAUUCUAAAUGCAGUUCCCUUUAGGAAGCAAAGUCAUCAGGUUUUAAUCCUAAUGGUUCUUUGUUCAGCAGGGCCUUUUCCCUGCAGGUUUUAGGGUCCUCUGUGAAAUUACACCAGGGUUUUCCUUGUAAACUCAGACUAAACACGAGGAAUUGAGAAUAUUAAAAUAGCACAUUAUCUAAUAUAAUCUUUCUGUCUUUAACAUGUUCAUUACUGUAAUAAAAUCAUCAUCAUCAUUUGCCACUAUCAGAAAGAAUCAGUUUAAUGCUAAAAAGCAAUAUGAUGCACCAGAGUCACAUUUACUUAUAGAAUACAUGUUUAAAAUGAUUCUUUUUUACUUUGUUUGCCUGUAAAUUAUGCAUCUUAAUCAUUUUGCUUUCACCACUGUGCCUUACAACAUGCUCAGUAUGUGCAAAUAUAUAACAAUCUGCACAUUUGGAUUGGAUUAUUGGUUAAAUAUAAGACAAUGACACUGUAAUGC